AUGGCAGAAGAGAUUCCUCUGGAAAUUCGUCACCGCCGUGAAAAUAGCGCUGCCACGUAUCACAGACGGACCUGGUCGGAACGAGAUGUUGCAAACGACGCUGAUGGCCUGAUCCCGGACACCCCUUCCCCCCAGCCCGAGUCGACUCCCCAAGAUGGCUUCGCGACACGAUUCCGACAGGCUGCGUCAAGACUGGGAGAACGGCUGGGACGGGAUCCAGACGAGGGCGACGCGUUGGAUGCCAGUCUUCACCCCGACGGGUACGGCGCCAUGGAUGACAUGCGACUGGCAGACCUGAUGGAGGCAGAUCUCCACGACGACACGUUUCGGUUGCAGCUGCGAAAUGCGUUGGAUUCUGAGGCGCAUGCUCUGGCCCAAGGACUGGGCCUGCGAAAUAUGCAUCCGGCUGGACAGGACAUAGAAAAUGGUGCGGAUGUCAAUGGCGGAGUGCUGUCGCAUCUCAUGCAGAGUUAUACCGGUCAUCGACGCGAUUUCAGCGAAAGUACUCUGUCUGUUGCCUCAGUAGAGUCGACCGCUUCCCAAGAUUCUCAGCCCGGCAAGAAGAAAAAGCCGCGAAAGCAGAAAUGGUACGACGAUGAUGAGAGCGAACCUCGGAGAAACGGGAAGGGUAAGGGCAGGGAGAAAGGAAAGAAACGCCAGGUUCAACUGACCGAGAGAAUCGGCGCUAUUCUCACUCGCCAGCAGUAUAUCAUACGGCUCUGUCGCGCACUGAUGAAAUACGGCGCCCCGACGCAUCGCCUCGAGGAAUACAUGCAGAUGACUGCCAACGUUUUGCGCGUCCAGGGCCAAUUUAUGUAUCUUCCGGGCUGCAUGAUCAUGUCGUUCGAUGAUCCCUUGACGCAUACUGCCGAGGUGAAAGUGGUCAGCGUGGUUCCGGGACUGGAUUUGGGACGGUUAGCCAUGACGCACAACGUCUAUAAGAAAGUGAUGCACGGCAAGUUGGAAGUGGACCGGGCGAUCUUGGACUUGGAUGAAUUGAUGAAGCGCAAGAAUCGCUAUCACAAACCGUGGGUUAUGGUGAUUCUGUCGGGUCUGGCCAGCGUGGCCGUAGGGCCCUGGGGCUUCAACGCUCGCCCGAUCGACAUGCCCAUCAUCUUCUUGCUCGGCUGUUUGCUGGGUAUCCUGCAGCAUGUACUUGCCCCGGCAUCGGCCAUGUACUCAAACGUGUUUGAAGUAAGUGUGGCUAUCCUGGUCUCUUUCUUGGCCCGCGCAUUCGGAAGCAUUCGCGUAGGUGAGGAGGCGAUAUUUUGCUUUCCUGCUAUGGCGCAAGCUUCAAUUGCCUUGAUUCUUCCAGGAUACUCUGUUCUGUGCAGUAGCCUGGAAUUGCAGUCUCAUCAAAUCGUGGCCGGCUCUAUCCGACUGGUAUACACAAUCAUCUACUGUUUAUUCUUGGGCUACGGAGUUACGGUGGGAAUCACAAUCUACGGCCUCAUUGACAACAAUGCAACGACAGAGUCCGCCUGUCCAUCAGAUAGUCUGCUCGUGUAUGGAAAUGACUACAUCCAGCGCUUUGUCUUUGUGGCAAUAUACUGCGCCAUAGCCGGUGUCAUCAACCAAGCCAAGUGGAAGCAAAUCCCCAUGAUGGUCUUUCUUGGCUUGAGCGGAUACGUGACAAACUAUUUUGCUAACAAGGCCCUGGAUGGAAGAUUAGCCAGCACGAUCGGAGCUUUUACAAUCGGACUGCUUGCCAAUCUAUAUUCCCGAGUGUGGCACGGCCAUGCAGCUGCCGUGAUUGUGCCGGGAAUGUUCACAUUGGUCUCUUCAGGGUUGGCGACCAGCGGAUCGAUUAUGUCUGGAUUGGCGUAUUCUGCCGCCGUGAAGAACAAGACGGCCGCCAACGAUGGAUCUUCCAGUGACUCGUUGCACAGCUCUUUGUCUGGAUUGGGGUACAGCAUGGUGCAGACGGCAUUGGGUAUUACUGUCGGGCUGUUCCUGUCAGCUUUGGUGGUCUACCCAUACGGUAAAAGGAGGAGUGGGCUAUUUAACCUGUGA